AUAGGGAGUAACGUUACUUCAUCAUGGCAGGCAAUAAGUUGGCAUUAGAAGGAAAAAUAAGUAUUAUAAGCUUUCUUUUAGGCCUCGGUGUUGUUAUAAUUCCCCUUAUUAGAACAUUCGCUGGACAUCUUGACUGGGUAUUCGACUAUCUCACUGGAGUGAGGGGGAAAAUAGCUAUUGCGGUGUACAUCGCUGUUAUCAAUGGCUUCUUGCUAAUCAUAUACAAGGGACCUCUAUAUAAGGUAAGAACUACAGUAGUAGCUAACUAACGUCUGAACUAAGAUGGCUAGCAGUAACAUUAGCUAAGCUACUUAGCUAGCCUUCUUGAUUUCUGUUGUAUUUGCCCAUCAUCCAAAACGGCAGUCAGCUAGCUAGGCUUUAUCUAAAUUAUCAAUAAUUUUCAUUGGCCCUCUUCUUUCUGACAAUGUAUUGUGCUAACGUUAGCUGGCUAAUCCUAUUAGCUGAAUUGGAUUGAGACAGCUGUCACCUUGAUUGGCUAAAGAUAGAGCCUUAAUUUAACUGUAAACUAGAUAACACUAUUGAAAUUAGGUAGGCCGUGCCUAAGGUUAUGUUAUUGUGUUAACUAUUGAUUUGGUGCCAGCUUUCUAGUUUCACAAGUUCAAGUUAGAAAGGUUAUCUAAGCAUACUCCUCUUUCUCCCAGGUUGCUGUGCGAGCCUGCUUCCUUGGUUUUACUUUUGGGUGUGGCUUGAUCAUAAGCUUUUCCCAAACCACAUGGACACACUUUGGCUGGUAAGCAUCCAACACCUGUACAUUCUCUCUCUCCAUCACACACACUACACACAAUACUAACUGAUGUUGAAGUCGGAAGUUUACAUACACUUAGGUUGGAGUCAUUAAAACUCGUUUUUCAACCACUCCACUAAUUUCUUGUUAACAAACUAUAGUAUUGGGAACUCGGUUAGGACAUCUACUUUGUGCAUGACACAAGUAAUUUUUCCAACAAUUGUUUACAGACAGAUUAUUUCACUUAUAAUUCACUGUAUCACAAUUCCAGUGGGUCAGAAGUUUACAUACACUAAGUUGACUGUGCCUUUAAACAGCUUGGAAAAUUCCAGAAAAUGAUGUCAUGGCUUUAGAAGCUUCUGAUAGGCUAAUUGACAUCAUUUGAGUCAAUUGGAGGUGUACCUGUGGAUGUAUUUCAAGGCCUACCUUCAAACUCAGUGCCUCUUUGCUUGACAUCAUGGGAAAAUCAAAAGAAAUCAGCCAAGACCUCAGAAAAUACAUUGUAGACCUCCACAAGUCUGGUUCAUCCAUGGGAGCAAUUUCCAAAUGCCUGAAGGUACCACGUUCAUCUGUACAAACAAUAGUAUGCAAGUAUAAACACCAUGGGACCACGCAGCCAUCAUACCGCUCAGGAAGGAGACGCGUUCUGUCUCCUAGAGAUUAACGUACUGUGGUAUGAAAAGUGCAAAUCAAUCCCAGAACAACAGCAAAGGACCUUGUGAAGAUGUUGGAGGAAACAGGUACAAAAGUAUCUAUAUCCACAGUAAAAUGAGUCCUAUAUCAACAUAACCUGAAAGGCCGCUCAGCAAGGAAGAAGCCACUGCUCCAAAACUGCCAUUAAAAAGCCAGACUACGGUUUGCAACUGCACAUGGGGACAAAGAUCGUACUUUUUGGAGAAAUGUCCUCUGGUCUGAUGAAACAAAAAUAGAACUGUUUGACUAUAAUGACCAUCGUUAUGUUUGGAGGAAAAAGGGGGUUCCUUGCAAGCCGAAGAACACCAUCCCAACCGUGAAGCACGGGGGUGGCAGCAUCAUGCUGUGGGGGUGCUUUGCUGCAGGAGGGACUGGUACACUUUACAAAAUAGAUGGCAUCAUGAGGAAGGAAAAUUAUGUGGAUAUAUUGAAGCAACAUCUGAAGACAUCAGUCAGGAAGUUAAAGCUUGGCCACAAAUGGGUCUUCCAAAUGGACAAUGACCCCAAGCAUACUUCCAAAGUUGUGGCAAAAUGGCUUAAGGACAACAAAGUCAAGGUAUUGGAGUGGCCAUCACCAAGCCCUGACCUCAAUCCUAUAGAAAAUGUGUGGGCAGAACUGAAAAGGUGCGUGCGAGCAAGGAGGCCUACAAACCUGACUCAGUUACACCAGCUCUGUCAGGAGGAAUGGGCCAAAAUUCACCCAACUUAUUGUGGGAAGCUUGUGGAAGGCUACCCGACACGUUUGACCCAAGUUAAACAAUUUAAAGGCAAUGCUACCAAAUACUAAUUGAAUGUAUGUAAACUUCUGACCCACUGGGAAUGUGAUGAAAGGAAUAAAAGCUGAAAUAAAUAUUUCUCUCUACUAUUAUUCUGACAUUUCACAUUCUCAAAAUAAAGUGGUGAUACUAACUGACCUAAGACAGGGAAUUUUUACUAGGAUUAAAUGUCAGGAAUUGUGAAACUGAGUUUAAAUGUAUUUGGCUAAAGUGUAUGUAAACUUCCGACUUCAACUGUAGUUCGAUACCUGUUUAUGCAUAGUUCUCAGUCAGUUCAUGUCUUUACAGGUAUAUGUGCUCCUUGUCUUUCUUCCACUACUCGGAGUACUUGGUGACGGCCAUCAUUAACCCCCGCAGCCUGUCUCUGGACUCCUUCCUGCUCAACCACAGUGUGGAGUACACCGUGGCUGCUGUCUCCUCAUGGGUGGAGUUCACCAUAGAGAAGCUCACUGUCCCAGGUCUGUCCUCCAUACCACACUUGUGCUCAAUGGUUGCGUUCCAGCCCGACUACAUUGCUGGCGUUGCAUUGCAUCAACCAAUGGUACCACGUCAUUCUACACAGGCAGGCGUCUGCAAUGUAGGCUCAAUCCCAAUACCCCCCGCUGUCCCUCGGUGGGGGAGUAAGUGGCAUUCGAAAACGGAGCAGCUAGUGGGAGGGAGAGCUAAAUUAGGCCUAGGGAAUGGGACAUCACUACAUCACUUGCGCACAUCAGAAACACUUGCGCACAUCAGAAACUGCUUAUGGAUACCACACAAUUAAUUGACGACGAGCCUUGUGUUUUUCACAGUGCCUAUACUGGCUGCAGUAAUAGCUUUUCUUUUAUAGUUCUCAUGCAACAAAUACGAGCAUCAAAUGAGAAACAACAAUGUGCCUGUAAUGUACCCAUCCUCUGGCUGUGGUUCUAUGUGGAGUAGUACUGAAGCAGGACUUUCAUUCCAUAGCAGUUUGACAUGUAACAGUCGCAUUCCCUUCACUCUGUCAUUACCAGUGUAAACAUUGUAGCCAGAACAAUUAAAACCACUGUUCUGAACGAAUAUUCUUACCAAACGUUUUAGGGUCCAUACACAGAUCGGCUACAUAGCUACACAUCCAUAGCAUACAGGUCUUUUUAUCCUCCACUACACAAUAAGGAAGAAAAUAGUUAGCUACUGCUAUGUUGCUUGCAUUGGCAAAUAUCUGCAGUCUCUGUUCUGUUACUAGCUACAAUAAAGAACAAUUACAAGUGAUUGACUUAUUGACUGAAGUAUUUUUUAAUGAACAGCAAGGCAAGCUUACAUAACAUUUUCAGUAAAUGCUUUAGUUAGCUAGAUUCUUUACAUACACUGGGUUUCACAGAUGACAGCCUGGUUUGCUCAGUAGUCCCUUCAACAUGAAUUACAAUUCAUACAAAUGUCAAACGCCCAUAUAGCAAGCUAAAUGUAUAGCUAGUUGGCUAAUGUUAGCUAGUCAGCUAGCUUGUUAAAUAGCGAUUUUCAUAAAUUAACUUUAUGACCAAGAAAUAUGCAUUAUUUUUCUCUACAUUUAACAAAAAUAUUCCUCAUAACUGUAAAUGCUUUGCAUGAUUCAUUAUGAAGUUAUAAUUCAUUACAUUUCCUUCCAUCCUAGUAUUUGUCAGCUAUCUUCCCGAAGCAACUUUUUAGAGCUUUGGGUCGCAGAGCUUUAUGGUAGUUUUAAUAACAACUCGAUAGGAAGUCUGCAUGUCAAUUUGCUUUGUUUGGAGGAACAACUAGAGAGCUGAAAACGCACUACCCCCUCACUCAUAGUUGAAUUGGAACACAACUCCGACUCAAUGUGGCUUCCGGGAUCGUGCAAAAUGGAGGGGGAGGGCUAAGGGGUGGUAUUGGGAUUGAGCCGUAGUCAGCCUGGAACGUAGCCAAUAACUUUUCAUGUCUUAGUUGAAAUGGCAUGACAUGUCGUCACGAGGAGUUAAAUGUCUCAAUUGGCUGUGAACGUUUUCCCUCUGUCUCAGAGCUGAAGCAGCUGAGCUGGCUCAGCCUGGUGGGUCUGGUGAUGGUGCUGUGUGGGGACUUCCUGCGUAAGUCUGCCAUGCUGACGGCCGGCUCUAACUUUAACCACAUCGUCCAGAACGAGAAGGCCCAGAGCCACGUGCUGGUCACCGAUGGGGUCUACGCCUUCUUCAGACACCCCUCCUACGUGGGCUGGUUCUACUGGAGCAUUGGCACACAGGUACAUGCCUGUAAUGUCAAAAUUGGGAAAGUUACCAGAAUUUUGCAACCCUAGUCACAGCAGCAUGCAGUAUUAGCAUGCAGGCUGAUAUAUAAGCUAAGCUCUGUUCCCCUUUUAAGAAUCCAAACAUGUUUGUUUCUUAAACAGGUUACAAUCAAGCCCACUCCACUGAUUUAACUUUUCCAUGUCUAAUGUUCCAGGUGAUGCUGUGCAACCCUGUCUGCAUCGCGGGCUACACCAUGGCCAGCUGGCGCUUCUUCCGUGAACGGAUUGAGGAGGAGGAGCUCUCUCUCAUCCAUUUCUUCGGAGAGGACUACCUGGAAUACAAGAAGAAGGUGGGCACCGGCCUGCCCUUUAUUUCAGGCAUCCGCAUCAACAGCUCCUAGGUGUGAGAGAUGGGGUCCUGGACGUAUGAACAUGGCAGACAGACAGGCACUGUGAGGGGCAGCCCUGGUCAGCAUACUGUGGAUUAGCCCUUGUGGUCACCUGCCCUGGGGGGCCUAGAGCUCACGGAGACUGACACCUAUGAGCGUGGUGGGCUCCCCAAAGGCCUGGAUAGACAGACUCACUCAAAAAGAAACGACACCCCCCAAUGUUGUAUAUCCAUUGCACACAUCCAACCACCUCUUUGGUUUGGUUUGUUUGACUACUAGAGACUUUUUUUUUUUUCAUCUUUCUUUUAUCUCCGAUGUCUCCCUUUUCUGUGUUUUCCAUAGGGAGGAGUUGAGUUUCUUCAGUGGAUGCUGAAUUGAUUUUUAGCUUGGGUUACUGAAUCAGAAGUGCUGUAAUGAGCCUGGUUGAGUGUCUGCUAUUCCUUCUUUGUCUGGCUUAUCACUAAGUCAUCAUUACUAGGUCUCAGCAUUUACAACAAUAGUUUUACAUAAUAUUAGGGAUGCACAAUUUAAUCGGCCCUCGUACAUAUUCUGUCCUGGUAGGUAAAUAAUUAAUUUCUGAGUGACUAUGUUGUACGUUUACAAAAAUGUCC